GAGACUUUGAGAGGAGUUUGUUGGGUUUUUUAGUGUCACCUGCACGCGGAGCACAGAGCGGGCUCCUCAGAGACACCGCCCCGGACACACAGGUGAGAGGAACACGUCCGCCGCUUCACCAGGUGCGACAAAAUCCGGAUUUUUCUGUUUUUUACGCACGGGGACUCUUGGAGAGAGUUAUGGCUCUCCGGGGGAAACUGGGAAUCUGAGUUCUGCGAGUCCGAGGAACUGGACUAACUGGACGCCGAUUUGUUCACAUCUUCCUCCUCCGCGCAGCUCCAGGUGCUUUACAAUGUUCCACCACAGCAACAGCAAGAAAUGCUUCACCAUAGAGUCUCUGGUCGGGAAGGAGGCGAGCAGCCACAGCGGCGGCUCCGGGGAUGAGCCCAUCCGGCCCACGGCGCUCCGGUUCCCGGAGUCCCUGCACCCCGCUGCCGGGGUCUUUGGCUCCUGCUUCCAAGGGAGCAGCGGGAGGACUUUAUACUCGUCCGGGCCGGACAUGGUGCUCCAGGAGCCCGGGACGCACAUGCACCCGCUGCAGAUCCCCCCGCAGAGCUUCUUCAGCCAGCAGCACCGGGAGGCGCUCAGCUUCUACCCGUGGGUGCUGCGGAGCCGGUACCUGGGCCACCGCUUCCAAGGGGAUGACAGCAGUCCUGAGAACCUGCUGCUUCACGGUCCGUUCUCCAGGAAACCCAAAAGGAUCCGGACGGCGUUCUCCCCGUCUCAGCUGCUCCGUUUGGAACGAGCCUUCGAAAAAAAUCACUACGUGGUCGGAGCUGAGAGGAAGCAGCUGGCCAGCGGGCUGUGUUUGACAGAAACGCAGGUGAAGGUCUGGUUCCAGAACCGCAGGACGAAGCACAAGCGUCAGAAGUUGGAGGAAGAGUCUCCUGAAGCUCUGCUGAAGAGGAAGGGAAGUCAGCACAUCAACCGCUGGAGAGCAGCCACACAGCAGCCGGGAGGAGGAGGGGGAGGGGAGGACGUGGACGUCCUCAGUGAGGACUAGACUGCAGCAAACACACACACACACACACACACACACACACACACACACACUUAAUGACAGACAUCUAGAUUACUUUAAAAGUGCGUUCAGACCAGUAUCAGCAGAUUAGAUUC